GUUUCUAUUGAACGUUGUAUCUCUAUUACACUUUAUUUAUGAUUUAGAUUCAGAACAUCGGUUUCUGGCCGAACCGAAGCGAAUAUUUAGUGCGGUCAGGACGAACCGAAAAUUCGGUUAUACUCUUUAAACCGUUUAUUUCCGUUAAAUGUCCAGACAACGUAAAUAACUGUGAAUAUGAAAUAUUCGUACUGUGACCGAUAUGUUUCCCAUAGUUUUGUUUCGUUUGAACGCGAGAUGUAGAAUAAUUGAGAAAGAUGGAUGACAAAAAAUUAAUUGCGAAAGUGAAAGAGUACAGGGAGCUGUACGAUCGUACCGCUAAGGAGUACCAUAAUCAGGUUCUACGGGAUAAUAUAUGGGACGAAAUUGGAAUGAAAAUAGGAAUACCAGCUGUUAGGUGCAAAACGAGAUGGAGUUAUCUGAGGGAUCUUUAUUCGAAAUCUCGGAAGAACAGAAGAUUGAAUGGUACCGUAAGAAAGGGGAAACCGUGGAAGUACGAAACCGAGAUGGCAUUCGUCAUUCCAUUUCUCGACAAGUCGAAGAAGUCUAACGCGUUCCAAGGAAAGAGAUCGUCGCGACUCUACGGUGAGAAACCCGCGGCAUCACCGGCUUCCAAAGAUAUCGUGUCUGAUAAUGGAAAAACUUCGCCAACUGAAACAGUUCCGAAUUCCUGGUGUACCGUUGCUCAGUCACAGCCGAUUAAUCCCGGUAUAUUCGUACAGGAUUACUCGAACAACCAACCAACGGCAUCUCGCGACGCUUUGGUCAAGUAUUUCGAGGCAAUAGCGGAAACUGUCAGGGGUUUCGCGCCCGCGCUUCAAGUCAAAGUGAAAACGGAAAUAUCGAGAAUCGUUCACCAAGCGGAAAUGGAAUGUAUUCAGCAGUCGCAGUCGCAAUUUGAAAGUUUAUUGCAGACGGGACCGGAAGCUCGGUACUCCCCUAACAAUACACUGCAAUACGACUGCGUUUUAACGAAACAAGAGGGAUCAGGUUGAAUUUUAGUAGAAUUUUUCAUCUUCGAACGACUGAUAAUCCAACGAAUAUUUUCUAUACAAUUUGUCUUCACAAUUUAUUUAUGUAUAAUUUCAUUUUUAUACCUCGUAUAUGUGUACAAAUUCGUUUCGGAGAAUUUUAUAAAAAAUCUAGGUAUACAUGUAUAUAAACAUAUCAUGAAUUUUAAAUAUCAUAAUAAUCUUACUAAUCCAUUCUUGAACAUUCAAGAGCAAUGGUGCCACAAGCUAGGCGACCUCCAGCAUUUCCAGUCUUCAGAGACUCUAGGUUACUUCCGGUUCCCAAGUCAUCUUCGCCGGAAUGAACUACGAUAGCACGCCCAACAAUGCUGUGGUCACCGUGAAGGGAAAUCACAGAGUCUGUAAUGUCUAUUGAAGCUGUCCCACAAGCAUCUGCCCAAAUGUUGCCCAAAUCACCGACGUGUCUUUCGGAGCAGUCUGGUCCACAGUGGUGCACCUAAAUGUAAACAUUAUCAAACUCGUUGAAUUGUACAAGAAAAUUGGAAAAUUGACGUUUCAAUUAAAUACAAGGUUGGAAGGUAACUACCAAGAGAGUAUUCUAGCUAUUGAUAUUAAAGAAGACGUACAACGAAGAAGCAUAUAAAAGAUAUGUAGAUGACUUGUAUCGUUUAAGAAUCAAAUGGAAUGCAAUGGAAAGAUUCGAUAUCCGAGAGAAAAUAAAAUGAUCUUUCACGCUGUCCAAAUAAGUACAGUAGGAAAUGGAGAUUAAAAUGAUGAAAAAACUAAAAUAUUAUUAGCAAGAAUUCUCGAUAAAUAUCUUUAGCGUGUCACGUACCAUAUGAGGAUUGAAAUGUGGACCUGCAUCGAGGCAGCCGUUGCCUAGCUUUCCAUCUUGGUGCACGUGGAAACCGUGUAACCCUUUGGCGAGACCGUGUAUCGUACCAACGAUUUUAACCGGACCGUUUUGUCCUUCUUGACGGAAGUUUAGACUUCCUGUCACGUUGUUCUCAUGCGGUUUAGCGGCUACUAACUCCACUGUCGCGCAAGUCGUUCCUUGAGCUGCAGGAGUACCCAAGAUCGUUUUACUCGACGCAGAGUUAACGAUCACAGCGAGAAACAAUAUCACCAAACGAUUCAUCUUGAAUGCUCUGAAAAAGCAAGCAACGAAUUCCUUGUAACUCGGUUAUGAAGUAGCUCUUGCGAAUCGUCGUUCGAAACGUCACUUUAAUAUCGUUUGCUGAUAUUUUUCGAACCGAUCCGAGUUCUGUAAUUUGUAUUAUCGUACGAUCGACGGUUAAAAACUCGCGAGUUACUGCAUCGUAUACGGAGAUGUUCGAUCUUAAAGGAGAAGCUUAGGAAGUGAAAGGAACUCACUACAAACACGUGCGCAGGCUCGCGUUCGUCGAUUAACUAGUUGAAUGUUGGUCAGAGUUCUGUUUAUAAGGGAACCUGUUUUAUGCAAGUGGAUCCCCUCACGGUUGUUUAGAAUGUGCAGAAAUAAUAUUUUUACGCAUGCGGGCUAUCUGUGCAUCAGUCGUACAAUAUUCGUGCUGUAUUCGAUUAUAUCAGAAUGUCAAAGGGGAACGAUGUCAACCUUAUUUUUCAUUCGUUUUUGUUAAUCGGUCUUGAUAACGACGUACUUUUCAAGAAUGGUUACGUAACAAAGUAUGUAAUGCGCGUGAUUUUUCUGGACCUGCGGCUAUUCCGAACGUUCGAACUUCGAAAGCGGUCGGCAUUUAAAAAUGGGUUGUCCUUGAGGGUUGCGCGUUAAAAAAGAAGAGAAAGAAGAAAGAAGAAAUCUUGAAUGUUUAAUCGGUCCACAAAUUGAAAGAUCUUAUAUGCGAGGAGUAAUAACGAUCGGGACAGUCUUCUUUUCUCGUCGAUUGAACUCCUUUCAGAUCGUCGCGUUCGUAACGUCUAAAUCUCAAAGAAUAAGCAGUUUCGAUGCCGUGGAGCAUCGAGCAUCAAAUCUUGUAAUGCACGGUAAGUCGCCGGGAUUUUCCUUCUCGCAACGUUUUCCGCCAAUCGAACGUGUGGAUCAGUGGAUUUUGUUGAAGGAACGUCAGCAUUUUCGUCUGCGUCUCGAUAAAAUUGCGCAGAAUCUCUUCGUCCGGAUCGACAUAAGACGUGGCCUUCGAAUUAAUUCGAGAGUUUAGUCGAGUAAAAUGAUUUCCGCGCGUACGAGGAAACAACGGUCGUUGUCGAAACAAGAGACGAAUAUAUUAUAAUAAACGCUCUGCGGUCAAUUAGCAUUGCGAUUACGAUUGUACGAUAUCGUGAUUCACCUGUAAGAUUUCUCCUUGUAGUAUCGUGUCCGCCAGCGUUGUGUCUAUAUGGGUUCUCCUUGAAACGGACUGCGUCACCGGGCCUGUCGAGGCUUGUCUGCUUUCCACUUGGCGCUCCGGAAAGAACACGCUAAUCGUGUGCUCGAAAAUCACCCCUUGCGUGUCCAGUGUCUCCUGGAGCUUCUCUUUCUUCCUCCGUGACUCCUCUCGCAUCUUCAGAAUGGGCUCUCGUUGUCUUUCCAGAUCGUCUUUCCUCAAACCCUUCUUCUCUAGAAGUACUUGUUGCAUGUGCUUCAGUUCCAUCGCUUUCCACCGUUCGCGUGCCUCUUCGAUCAUUUCCCAUGGUUUCUGUGCACGAUGUCAUCCCGUCGCGCGAUAACGAGAAGUUUAUUCGCCGAAGCCGAGUGAUCUAUACAUGUGCAUUUGGGCAGUUACGUACCGACGUCUUCGCUAUUUCCACCGCAGUCAGCUCCGCCUCCGUUAAUUGAUCUUUAACCUUCUCCAUCUGUUCCAGUUGCUUCUUUUCCGUGAUAUGCUCUAUUAGCUUUCGCUUCUCUUCGAUGAGCUGACGGUGCGUGUUUCGCCAGUUAUUCUGCCAAUUGGUACGAUUCUCUAUCUGCGACGUAAAAACGAACGACAAUCAUCCGUCGAGCGAAGAGGCAAACAACUUCUAUUACCCUGAUCAGCUGCCGCUUGAUAAAAUUGCUCAUCCACUGCUCGUUAGUCCUGUCGUGUUUAAGAAACGUGACCGGAGGCAGGAACAUUCUCAAGGUGCCGUUGAAAUCGCAGAAUCCUACGCACUGCGGGUUCAAGUGCAACAGAUGGGUAUAAAUCCCUGUGAUUAUGCGACCGGAUAGACUCUGCGUGAUAACAGGCUCCUCGCUUUUCACUAUAAAGUCCCAAAUCUCGAUGCUUCCAUCCAUUCUUGCCAGGAUCAAAACCGUGGGACGGAAACUGCCCCAUGAACCGGCUGUGUAUCUACAUUCGAAAGUAUAUAUUAAUAUAUAUACAUAUAUAUUUUAUGCUUUACGUUUUAUAUCAUGUAUACCCGACAGUUGAUUUUUUCCACAUCAAUGGCGUAUCGAAGGUAUCCUUCCAAAUGGCAAAUAUCUUUCCGCCUAUCGUCGCUAUAACAUCGUUCAACGUUCCAGGUCUGAUGGCGUGAGUUAUCGGGCCAUCGUGUACCUUCUUGCACCAGGACCAUUCGCAAGUUUCAGUGUUAACGGUCACACCGGUGGAGAACUCGUAUC